AUGGAUUUGCGCACGAUCAUGAACACCGACGGCGGCGCCUCCAAUCCUCCACCUCCAAGCAACUCGGCCAGUUCUCCCAUAUCUGAUCAAACCCCCCAAAAGCGCCCAAAGAAGGCCGCUUCUUACUCAGAAUAUCCUACACGUCCGUCCCAGCCUACUCCGUUACAACACCCGCAGCACGCUUCCCCAGAGCGAAGCUCACCCUACGCAUCCGUUCAAUCGCCAUACCAACAAUUCAACUCGGGCCCAGUGAUUAAUACAGCGGUGAGGACUCAGCGCAGUGAGACACCUCCACAGGUUUCCACACCGUAUGGGCCCGGCACGCGUGAUCUAUUUGGCGCGCCGGCAUACGGGUCGCAUCCCCAACACCCCGGUGGUCCUCUGGUUUCGCCAUACACACCACAGCCGAUGAGUGCAGGACCACAGCACCCGGAACAACAGUCUUAUUUCGCCCAGCAGCGUUCUCAACAGCGUUCUCAAUCACUUCAGUCGGUGAUGACAACAACCCGAGCUCCAAUCGAAUCUUUCCACAGCCCUCCUGUUGCAUCGCAGCCUCUUCCAUCGCAUCAUUUCUCUCCCACUGCACACCGAUCUGUUCCUGGCACCCCCCUAGGUCCUCCUCCUGCCUUUUCCACCCGGCAGUCGCCGUCAACUGCCCGCCCGCUGUCCUCCGGACACGAUUCCCCCGGCAAUCCCCUAUCCAGUCCGAGGCCUACACAGGAGGCUCCAAUACGAGAUCAGGUUCCAACGCACUCACCUGUGACUCAGCGACAGUUCUCUCCGCAUAGUUCUCAACCCUCCGAGCCGACUCACCUCCCUUCGGGCGGCUUAAAGCAAGAGCCAACCGAAAGCGCCAGUCCCAAAUCCAUUUCCCGUCACAAUAGCAUCGUCACGGCCUCCGAGUCGGUUACCGCUGGCCAAAUUCGUUCUUCCGAAGACCGAAUGCUGGUUGAGAGUCCCACCGCACAAAAGCCCAACGUCACAGGAUCUGAUUUCCUAACCUCCCCAUUGGCACCGGGCAGUCAAAUGAACAGUUCACCCUUCGGCGCUCGCGGAGGCGUCCAUGCCGUGGACAUGGAAAUCGACCACGAACCACGUGUCGAUGCACAACAGCCCAAGCAAAAAAGAAGGAGGUACAACGAGCCUCCGAUUUAUGCUCGGCUGACGCCCCGCAACACAAGCAGACGCCCGAUUAUUCCCAAUCCCCGUGCCCCUGUCCCAAAACAUGCACGGCAGAGCCAGCAAGAUCCGUCCCUGGCUGCUCGUAGACGGUCUUCCUCGAUAAUGGCAGUCACACCCACCGCCCGGGUCAUACGAGCACCUGCUGUUGCUUCACCAAGCACAAGUAUACCUCGCGUGCAAGCUCCCCCAGCUCCCCCAGCUCCGCCCGCUCCCUCACUUCGUCCGCCGAGUAAUCCGCAGGCGGUAGGCGCGCUGGGCCCUUGGGAGCCGUCUAUUACUGGAUUCAUUCCACACGAGGAGAUUACAAAAACCCUUUGUGAUUUCUUGUUUCAACAUGUGGUCAUGAGAAAUGAUGUGAGUGCCGGACCAGCAGGCUCUGUUGCUGCCGGCCAGGGGACCAUCGUCGAGAUUGAGGCGAAACUGGGUCAUAUCAUCGACAUGGACAGCAGAGAUCGGAUUCACCUUCCAAUUCUAACCGAGAGCGUCCUCAAUCGGGAGAAUGCAAGGAUUAGAACAUCGUUUGAGAGCAAAAUGACUGUGGAACAACACCGCGCCAUGAAUAAUUUCCUGAAUGAGGCCGUGAAAGCGUCCAUUCCCCAGCCGAACUCGACCCGAAUCCCACUUGCAUACGUGCAUAAGAAAGAACGCGACACCUUCUACGAGAUCCAAGCAUCUGAUUUGCCCCCGGUGAUCCGUCAAAAUUUGAACCCGAGACACAAACCCAAAGUCCGGGUGACAACCGAUGAGCGAACCGGUGAAAUUCUCGCCAAAAUCGUCAAAUGUCGAGUUGCCGACGUAGACGUCUGCAGUCCACGGACGACUGUGGACUGGCGCGUCAGUGUCAAUCUAGAAAUGCAAUACACAGGCGAUAUCAGCAAUCUCCCAGUGGUAGAUGCAGCUGUGACACAAGGCGGACGAGGCGAUCGCAUCAAAGAUCGCAUGAGCUACCGCCACUUGGCCUACCAGGUGGACUUGACUCAAGUAGCCAAAUCCGAUCAACAACCGGGCAAGAAUGAGUUUGACCACGAGCUUGAAGUUGAGGUCUCGGCUGAGGAAAUUCGUCGUCAGGGCCAGCUUGCUAUGUCGGGCGAUCCUAAGAACCAGUACGAGGAUCUCGUCAAGGGCUUUGUGGAUAAUAUCCGUCUGCUGGCUCGAGCGGUGCCGCCAUGA